AUGCCAAGCGAACCGUCCCCCCACCCGUCGCGUAGACACUGCCAGCCAUCACGGUCCAAAUUGCUUUCCCCGGCAGAGGGAACCAAGGAAUCCAACAUGGUACGGAAAGAAUCACCAGGCGAAGUGCCGUCGAUUGCUUGCAUAAGGUGCCGGCACAGGAAGAAGAAAUGCGACCACGCCCUCCCGAAAUGUAGCGAGUGUAGACGCGCCGGUUCAGAGUGCGUCCGCUUCCAGGAAAGAAAGCUGAGAGACGCGUCUUCGGUGCCGUGGGAAUACGUCAAGGGCCUCGAGGGACGCCUCGCGCAGGUCGAGAAGAAUCUGGCCAGCUGUAUGACUUUGCUCAGGAAGCAGGGGAAUCCGAACCAAUCGCCGGCUGGGAUAUCUUCGAGUCAGCGUUCGUUCCAGGGCAUUCCGACACCCGAGUAUCUUUCCCUGGGUAAUUUUCACGAAUCUUCAGCCUCUCCGUCAAAUGGUGCUCUUGGACCUUCUCCCGAUCGUGCAUUGAUCAAGAACGCUGACACAAUUCCUAGAGGACAAUCUUUUGCCGACAACCCCCCAUCGCCAGAUGUGUUCUGUGCAAUGCUUCGACAGCCUAUCGGCCUACACCAAAGCGAAUCUCUACCCGGUGCCCCCUCCUCCGACGGGACCGGCCUAUUUCGAAGGGUCGACUUCGACAGCUACUUUCAUUUUGUUCAACCAAACUGGAAGAUUCUGGACGAAAGGGCUGCAGCUGAAUGGUUCCAAAUCUGUGUCGAACAACGAGCGCCGCCCCAUGCUUACCAGUCGUUUCUGGUCCGGAUGGUCUGCGCAAUAGGAGCUACAUAUAGCAGCUUCUCUGACCGGAAUUGUCCGCACACCGCACGGUCCAAGACUCUAUUAGAUCAAGCCCUAGGUCAGUACUUUCUAGACACUAUCCAUCAACCCAACGAUAUACCAACAAAGGCAUACAUGCUGGUGGUUCUUGGUGCCUUGCACUUCCCCGACCCCUACCACCUUCAUGACGCUGUGAAUGAUGCUCUUUCGAAAUUGGGUCAGAGGCUAGCUGCCUACGAGCCGGAGUGUUCUUUGGAUUCUACGGACUGCCACCAACAGGCGACAUCUGUGGAAAGUCCGGACGAAAACGCUUUGAUGAAGCAUAGUUAUGUGCUCUAUGAAUACUCCUCUGUUGUAUGGAACAGACGCUGUCCAGAAAUCGCGAGUGCCUGGGACGAAAAGGUUUGGGACAAAGGCACUUUGCUCGCCUUUGGCGGCGGAUUCGAUGAUGCCAACUUUGAGCAUGCGUUCACCAUCCAGCGCAUACAAGCAAAGAUCCGACGGCACUGGUUGCAGCUGGAGAAGAUGAACGGCCAACCCGAAUACCGGGCUCAGAGCUUGCAGAAUAUCAAAGCAGAGUUGGACAACUGGAAGGCAAUGAUACCGCUCGUCGCGAGCAACGUCAAUGAGGCCACCAACGAGAUCGUCGUUCCCACACUUGACGACUACUCCAUCUUGUUGGCGGCCGCCGGCGAGAACGCGAGGUGCUUCCAGCGGAUCCAAGUGCACCAGCCCAUGAUCUUAUACACCUGGGAUUGGCUAUACUCCCAGUUCACUAUCAGCGUCAUCCUCUUAUCCUGCUUCUGGGGCACACCGUACAUGUACCGCACGACGGCUUACCAAGCCCCCGACACCCUCCAGGCAGUCGAAGACUGCGAGCUUAUAUUGGCACGGUUCGCCCAGCGCUGGGAAGCCGCCGAGAUAUACCUGGAAACGUUCCAGCUCAUUCUACCCUUCCAAACUCCGGGCCAUCAACCUGAUACAAUCACUGGAGAAGGGGAAAAUACCGGUAUCGGUGAUUGUGAUGUUGAAGCGAAUCGUGAACCAGCCCGUUGCCGAGCAUACUCAGAUGUACUGAAGAAGCGACGCCACCGGACGACUCUCAUUGGAUUUCACUUCCAGCUCCAGGCCAUGGUUCCCCAUGUUCUGUCUCCUUUCCUCAUUCUACAAGCUGAGCAGUUUCGAUUUCCACGGAGUCUCAACGCAAAGAAAGGCCAAGAAGAAGCAGCCGCAUCAGGGCUGCAUCUCAACGUCGCCGACAUGGAAACAAGCUCUUGCGAGCCCUUGGCCGGGCCAGUUCUUGAUACAACCAUCACCCUCUCGCCUUCUCACGCCCGAAACCUGAUAGUUUCGACGACCACCGAGUCUGUAUUGCUUGCGGCAGUCCCUAGUCUGCAAGCCAUGGUGUCUCUGACCAAGCUUGCAUGCGCUUUGGGCAUUGGUGCCGUCGCCCUCUGCGCACCAGGCGCCGCUGCGCAGCUCUCCCAAGACCAGCAGACUUCGCAAGCCAUCCAGGGAAAAUGGAUCGUCACUCUGAAAUCCGGACUCGCCAAACGAGAUGUUGAUCAGCAUCUCGGCUGGAUCGAGAAAGUGCACAAGCGAAGCCUCGGCCGUCGUCAGACUGUGGGUGUCGAACGAAGCUUUGGCAUCGGGAGUUUCCACGCAUAUACCGGCGAGUUCGACGACGAGGUGGUCGCUGAGAUCGAAGCAAAGGAUGAGGUCGUUUCCGUCGAACCUGACCGCGAAGCAUCCCUCACGGCCCUCGUCGAGACCGGCAACCAACCCUGGGGCCUGGCCAGCAUCUCGUCACGAACAAGACUCGCCAGCAACGACGUCGACACACAGACGUACGUCUACGACGCGGGCGCGGGGACGGGCACCUUUGCGUACGUCCUCGACUCGGGCAUCCGCAUCUCGCACCCGGACUUCGAGGGCCGCGCCAUCAGGGGCCACAACGUCUGGCCGGAGCUCGCUUUCGACGACGACUUUGGCCACGGCACCCACGUCGCCGGCACCAUCGCGUCGCGCAGGUUCGGGGUCGCCAAGAACGCGACCAUUGUCGACGUCAAGACCACCAGGGUCGUCUACACCACGACGACCAAGAUCAUCGAGGCGCUGGAGUGGUCCGUCCAGAACAUCACCAACACCCCGAGGAGAGCAGGACGGAGCGUCGUCAGCAUGAGCUUGGCCACCGGCGUUUCGACCGCGCUGAACAACGCCGUCGACGCCGCGACGGGACUGGGUGUCUUCGUGGUUGUCGGCGCCGGCAACGACGGCCGGGACGCGUCGACGAGGUCGCCCGCGAGCGCCCCGACCGCCUUCACCGUCGGCGCCAUCGCCAUCAACAACACGAGGCCGACCUGGUCCAAUUUUGGGCCCUCGGUCGAUGUCUUCGCCGCCGGGCUCGACGUCAGGUCCACCUCGCUCUACCAGGACGGGACGGAGCUGCUGUCCGGGACGUCCAUGUCCACGCCGCACGUGGCCGGUCUGGCCUUGUAUCUGAAGGCGUUGGAGGGCACCGCGCUCAACGCGCCGGCGGCCAUCGCAGCUCGUAUAAAGGCUCUUGCUACCAAGGAUGCCAUUGCCAACGUCGGAGCCGGCAGUCCUAAUCUGUUGGCUUACAAUGGGAACGGCCGGCGAUGA